AUGUUCUUCUCCAAAGCCAUCUUUGCCUCUCUUCUACUGGCCAUGACUGCACCUGUGCAGGCAUGGAACAGAAUCGACAAGAAUAACACGGCCCUGCUUGUCAUCGACCACCAAGUCGGUCUAGCCCAACUGGUCCGUGAUUACAACACAAACGACUUCCGCAACAGCAUGCUCGCGCAUGCGGAGAUAGGAAACCUCUUCAACCUACCCACUGUUCUCACUUCAUCCUCAGAUACUGGACCUAAUGGUCUCUUGAUGAAGGAAAUCGUGGCAAUGCACCCCAACGCCACCUUUGUCCAUCGUCAGGGGGAGGUGAAUGCCUGGGACAAUGCUGAUUUCCGCGCUGCUGUGAAGGCUACUGGAAAGAAGCAGCUGAUCAUUGGCGGAAUCGUGACAGAAGUUUGCACCGAAUUCCUAGCCCUUUCGCUCGUGGAUGCCGGAUACGAAGUCUAUGCCAACACCGAAGCCAGCGGCACAUUCGACGUUCGUCUUGCGAACGACGCCAACCGCCGCAUGGAGAAAGCGGGCGUGACUCUGAUGUCCAUGUUUGGUAUUGUCUGUGACCUCAUGAGGGACUGGAGAAACACCCCCGGUUUUGACCAGGUGCUCCCUUUCCUUGACAAAUACCAAUUCGCUUAUGGCUUKCUUGCUCGUCAAUACGCUGGUGCUGUGCAAAACGGGACUUUGCUUGCCCCUGAAGCGGCCUUGAUUAACAACUAA